GUACUACAGUGCCUCAUCAUGACAAGCAGAUAGUCACCUGGGCUGCUUGGAACGACAACCAACGGAAGAACGAAGGGUCCACGAAAGGCGGGCAGACCGGUGUGGCAGUGACGGGGUUCAUGCCCUUGCAAAGUUUCCAUUCACCCUCCGUCCGCGGAAGUAAUGGAUCGGAGGCUCUUCCUCUUCUUGGAUGAAUAGCAUACCUUCAUAAUCACGUAAGGCAACGGGGUUCGAGACACAUCUCCCCCUGUUAGAACAGAGUGCCGCGACGAUCCUACGCCCUCAGAUUUCCACUGUCCGCCUCGUCUAGUUGUGUCGUCCAGGAGUCACGUCUAUGUUUCGAUCCUGCUGCUUGCCCAUCAUUCUGGCUACGUGUCUUCUGUUGAACAAAAGUUGCUGUGCUGCCUCCGGAUCAGGGCGGAUCACUUGAAUGGCUUCAUGUAAGACCUGGUGGUGCACAGUCGUACGUUGACCCCAUCGCAACCACAGAAACAAAAUGAUCGAACGCCAGGAACACGAGCGCCUCGGGCCAAAUGGAAACAACUAUGCGAAGAAGGGCGCGACAACUCAUAUAGAGAGUCCAACGCCGCGCACUGGAAAGCAAGAACACGAACCGCCCAAGAUCCGGCAUUCGAGGCCAACGCAGCUCGAUUUGGACAUUCGCGGCUCCAAGAGUUCUCGGUCGCGUCGCAAGCGCGUUCGGAGUCGUAAGCCCAGCGUUGACGCCGGCCCCAUGGCGUCAACAGAGAAUGAGGUACAGACCAGCAACAUCACUAUGUCUGAAGGGCAUCAGCAGCCACCUUCAAAUGACGGAGCCCUCGACCAAGAUAAGCUUUCGCUCGCUGGGCGAUUUGGGUGUCGAGAUCACGUGGACGACAACCCAACUACGCCAGAUCUCUCAGCCCAACCAACGACUUCAGGUCCCAUUUCAAAUGAAGAUUCAGGGGCCGUCACGCCGAAUCCGAUCCACCCGCGAGGCCUAGAAGGUCGAGAUAUACCUUUCGUGGUCUCUCCAUUGCCGCAGCCAACAACAGAUCAGCACGUCCCUAGCUCCAUUCUAGAACACAACACCGCAUCAACCGGUCCGCUACACACUGCACCAAGCCCAGAACGGAUCGGCGAGAAUAGUGGCGCCGGUAGGGAGAUUGUUGGUGAAGCAAUGCCAACCAGCCGCGGUAUUCCCGCUGCCGAACCCCUUUUAGAUGGUGAUUUUUUCAUUUUUACCGAGUAUACAAACCUUAGCGACGACGACUGCAAUGAGCGUCCAGAGUUAGGCUGGCUGUAUAUUCAGGGUCAGAAAAAAAGAGGAUUCAUGGAAUUGAUCCCGUAUUCGUUCAGUUCAGUGGAGCCUCCCAAGAUGGCUAGCAAGCCCUCCAAAACAGAAGUGCAGAGGGUUGUAGAGCUGAGGCUGAAUGUCCGUCGCCGCCGCCGUGAGAUCCAAAAUCUAAAGUCACUACUAAAAGCUAAAGAUAAACAAAUUUUUGCCGAAAACGAAGAGACUUUUAGACGUCUGAGAGAAUUCGUGGCCGAACGUCAUAAGCACCCUAAGGUUCACGAUUCCAGAUUGGAGCUAGCGUUGAGGCUAUUCUCUGCCUCUCGAUCAAGCCGAGAUGAAUGCGGACCGCUCAAUGAUGAAAUAAGUUCACUUGAAGAGAGCCUAGAAUUUGAAGAGAUCAAACUGACACAAGCCGAGAAUAGCCUCUAUGAGAGUUUUGGCAUUCCCCCGAUGGAGUCGGGAGAGGGCCAGGAAAAUGGCAUUGCGAUGAGUGGGCUUCCAAUACCACACUCUUCGCCGAUAUCAGAAAGCGGACAUAAUUCAGCAAGCCACAUCGAUGAGGCCAAAGGCGAGAAUGACGAUUCAGACUAUUCUACUGGCAGCUUCGAACAAUAUAGGAAAAAUUAUCACCCCCUUUAUAUUGAAUACCAAGAGAAUCGUGGUACCCAAGACAACCUGUACGAGAGGCGUGCCUAUAUCAUGAAGGACAAGGCCAGGCUCGAAGACCAACAAGAAAACCGCCAUCGAGUCGGGCUAACUUUGCUGGAAGACGACCAGAAAUACCUAGAUAGUCUCCCUGAAGUACUUCGUCUACUUGAUGUCGAGAUCGACGAAUAUUGCGUUGAGAUCGAGCAGCUAAGGGCACAGUGUUUAGAGCAAGGAAUUAUUGACGAGGAUGACAACUAUAUGGACGAUGAUCGCGAGGACUCCAACGUCUACGACGACUCCGAUGACUCGGACAACUCCAUGCCACCUCCACCUCCACCACCAUUACCACUAUCAGCACCACCCAAACCACCUUUACCAACACCACCACCACAAGUCAACAUAACCUCCAAUGCGCCAUCCUCUAUGCCGACCACGUGCCUCUCUAUCAUCGUCAGCAACCUCGGCAUCCGCCUCGACGACCAAUCCUACCAAAACCGCAUAAACCCCUGGCUCUUCGGCAAACUCGCCGCCUCACGCACCGAGCUCACACUGCUCGCCACCAUCCUCUCCGCCAUGGGCGCCGAACCCGAUAUUGCCUCCCACCUUGACGUCCUCAAGCUGUGGGACCAUGACGGCGCGGGAGCAGAGCCGCCAAAGCGCCCGGAGAAGUUGGAUGAAGCGACGCUAAAUAGACUAAGGCGCGUGACGAGGGAGGUCGUGCGGGAUGGGUUUGAUCGUGCGCUUGUUAGUUCGCUAUUUGGUCUCUCUCUAUGGGGUGGAGAGGCCUAUGGAGGGAGUGACGAGACGACUUACCUCGAUGAUAUUUAACCGUGGUUCCUUGGCGGGACACCGCUGUCUGCGCUUGGCGUGGUAUCGGUAUGGGCCACGACCGUCCCAUUUACCAUAUUCCGAGGAAUCCCUAAAGAGGGUGCAGCGUUUAUGAUUUCCCGUUCUUGGCCGUCUGCCCUUGCUUUAUUUUCUCGACAUUCCUUCGUCUGCGCUUCUUCGGCUCCUAUCAAGACCGCGUCUUGAUUUUUGGGCGUUUCUCGACUUCCAGAUUUUGCGCGGGUAAGGCGCUCACCAUGCAUCAUAGACUGUUCUUUUACUUCGCCCAACAUACUGUCAAGUUUUAUGUCACGUCAGCAACAAGUUGCGCUUUUCCUUUUUGCUCAUGUCAUCAUUAAUACUGCACACCUGAGAUAUUCGGCCCUCUUCGUUAUCUGUCUAGAUGGACGGGGGCUAUCGUGCCUCUGCGUGGGGAGCUAUUAUUGCAUUAUUAUCAAUAAGUCAUAUAUUAUUGAAGAGGGCCGGAGACGUAGAGAGAGGCCUGCGGAGCGGAGAUCGUUUAGAUUGAUACCCUGGGUUAUUCUCUUCUUCUCCUGUGUUACCUUACUAUUCGUUUUUCCUGGUCAUAACCAGAGAAGGCGCGGACAGCAUUAUGGCGCUUGGUUCGUAUGGAGUGUAAUAUACAGGCUGUUUACGCCGCGGUCGGCGCUGGAAAAGCAUCGAAUUUGGAUUUAGAUUUUCUAGGGACUUAGAUUCGUGUCAGCGCAUUUUAGAAUACAGUAC